AUGAAUUAUUCAUCAUUCCUUAGAAUCUGGGUCUCUUUCAUCUUCGCGCUUGUUCGCCACCAAGUCUACCCCAGGGAGCUCAUGUAUCCGUUUUGGCAGAAUGAUACCAAAACCCCCAAAGUCGAUGAUGGAAGCUCCUCGGAGAUCAAGCUGGCCAUCCCGGUCUUCUUCUUCGGAGUCCCCUACCGCACUGUCUAUGUCAACAACAAUGGCGUCGUGUCCUUCAAUGUGCUUGUGAGUCAGUUCACGCCGGAAUCCUUCCCCCUGACUGAUGGCCGUGCCUUUAUUGCCCCAUUCUGGGCAGAUGUGCACAACGGAAUCCGGGGUGAAAUCUACUACAGGGAGACCAUGGACCCCGUCAUCCUGAAAAGGGCCACCAAGGACAUCAGGAAGUACUUCAAGGACAUGGCGACCUUCUCUGCCACUUGGGUGUUUAUUGUCACAUGGGAAGAAGUCACAUUUUACGGCGGGAGCAGCACCACACCCGUGAACACGUUCCAGGCCGUGCUUGUAUCUGAUGGCUCCUAUACCUUCACACUCUUCAAUUACUAUGAGAUCAACUGGACCACUGGAACAGCCAGUGGGGGUGACCCCCUGACCGGCCUGGGUGGCGUCAUGGCCCAGGCAGGAUUCAAUGGUGGGAACCUCACCAAUUUCUUCAGCCUCCCGGGCUCCAGAACCCCCGAUAUUGUGAACAUCCAAGAGACCACAAACGUCAAUGUCCCAGGUCGCUGGGCUUUCAAAGUGGACGGGAAGGAAAUUGACCCCGCCAACGGCUGCACCUCCAGAGGACAGUUCCUCCGGCGAGGGGAGGUCUUCUGGGACGACCUGAACUGCACCAUUAAGUGCCGCUGCCUGGACUUCAACAACGAAAUCUACUGCCAGGAGGCGGCUUGCAGUCCCUAUGAGCUGUGCGAACCAAAGGGCCGCUUCUUUGCCUGCAGCGCCGUGGAGACCAGCACGUGUGUGGUGUUCGGGGAGCCACACUACCACACCUUCGAUGGCUUCCUCUUCCACUUCCAAGGCUCCUGUGCCUACUUGCUGGCUCGCCAGUGCCUGCAUGCAUCUAGCCUCCCCUUCUUCAGUGUUGAGGCCAAGAAUGAGCACCGAGGGGGAUCUGCUGUCUCGUGGGUGAAGGAGCUCUCGGUGGAGGUGAACGGCUACAAGAUACUCAUUCCCAAAGGCAGCUACGGCAAAGUUAAGGUCAAUGACCUGGUGGCCUCUCUGCCCAUCACCUUGGACUUGGGAGCGGUGAAGAUCUACCAGAGUGGCAUGGCCACAGCCGUGGAGACAGACUUCGGGCUCUUGGUGACCUUUGAUGGGCAGCACUAUGCCUCCAUCUCAGUGCCAGGCUCCUACAUCAACUCAACAUGUGGCCUGUGUGGCAACUAUAACAAGAACCCGCUGGAUGACUUCUUGCGACCUGAUGGUAGGCCCGCCAUGUCUGUGCUGGACCUGGGCGAGAGCUGGCGGGUGUACCACACUGACUGGCAGUGCGGCUCUGGCUGCGUGGACAACUGCACCCAGUGCGAUGCGGCCACUGAGGCUUUAUACUGGGGUCCGGACUACUGUGGCUUCCUCAAUAGGACCGACAGCCCGUUGGGAGAGUGUGGCUCAGUGGUGGACCCUACAGCCUUCUUGCACAGCUGCGUGUAUGACCUGUGCAGCGUGCGGGACAAUGGCACCCUGCUCUGCCAGGCCAUCCAGGCCUAUGCCCUGGUAUGUCAGGCCCUGGGCAUCCCCAUUGGGGACUGGAGAAGCCAGAUUGGCUGUGUGUCUACGGUGCAGUGCCCAAGCUACAGCCACUACUCGGUGUGCACUAGCAGCUGCCCAGACACAUGCUCGGACCUGACAGCCUCGCAGAGUUGCGCCACGCCCUGCACUGAGGGCUGUGAGUGUGACGAUGGCUUCGUGCUCAGUACCAGCCAGUGCGUCCCCCUGCACAAGUGUGGCUGUGACUUCGAUGGCCACUACUACGCCAUGGGCGAGUUCUUCUGGGCCACAGCCAACUGCACAGUGCAGUGCCUGUGUGAGGAGGGUGGCGACGUGUACUGCUUCGACAAGACGUGCCGAGGUGGCGAGGUGUGUGCCGUAGAGGACGGCUACCAGGGUUGCUUCCCCAAGCGCGAGACAGCCUGCUUGCUGAGCCAGAUGCAAGUGUUACACACCUUCGAUGGUGCCGCCUAUGCCUUUCCUGCUGAUGUCUCCUACACCCUUCUCAAGACCUGCCCUGAGCGCACUGACUACCUGGAGAUUGACAUCAGCAAGAAGAAGCCAGAUGCUGGGCCAACAUGGCUCCGUGGGGUCCGCAUCCUGGUGGCCGAGCAAGAGGUCAAAGUCGGAGGAGUCGGGGCUUUGGAGGUCCAGGUGAAUGGCCAGGAAGUGGAGCUGCCUUUCUUCCACCCAUCAGGGAGGCUGGAGAUCUACCGCCACAGGAAUAGCACCACAGUGGAGUCCAAGGGCCUGGUGGCAGUGCAGUACUCAGAUGUGGGGCUGCUGACCAUCCGCCUCUCCACUGCUUACUUCAACUGCACGGGUGGCCUGUGUGGCUUCUUCAACGCCAAUGCCAGUGACGAGUUCUGCCUGCCCAAUGGCAAGUGUACUGACAACCUGGCUGCCUUCCUGGAGAGCUGGGCCACCUUUGAGGAGAUCUGCAAUGGCGAGUGUGGGGACCUGCUGAAGGCUUGUGGCAAUGACUCGGAGCUGCUCAAGUUCUACCGUGGCCGCACCCGCUGUGGCCUCAUCAACGAUCCGUCCAACAGCUCCUUCCUGGAGUGCCAUGGUGUGGUCAAUGCCACUGCCUACUACCGCACCUGCCUCUUCCGCCUGUGCCAGAGUGGGGGCAAUGAAUCCGAGCUCUGCGACUCUGUGGCCCGUUAUGCUAGCACAUGCAAGAAUGCUGACGUGGAGGUGGGACCCUGGAGGACCUACGACUUUUGCCCUCUCGAGUGCCCGGAGAACAGUCAUUUCGAGGAGUGUGUGGCAUGCACAGAGACGUGCGAGACACUGGCCCUGGGCCCCAUCUGCGUGGACAGCUGCUCCGAAGGCUGCCAGUGCGACGAGGGCUAUGCCCUGCAGGGCAGCCAGUGUGUCAGCCGGAGCGAGUGCGGCUGCAACUUCGAGGGCCACUUGCUGGCCACCAACGAGACCUUCUGGGUGGACCAGGACUGCCAGAUCUUCUGCUAUUGCAAUGGCAGCGACAACAGCGUCCACUGCGAGACCCUGCCGUGCAGGGACGACGAGUUCUGCCUGGAGGAGGACGGCCUCCACUACUGCCAGCCCCGCACCGAUGCCUCCUGCAUCGUGGCCGGCUACGGCCACUACCUCACCUUUGAUGGCUUCGCCUUCGACUUCCAGACCAGCUGCCCACUCAUCCUGUGCACCACUGGGAGCAGGCCCGUCCUGGACUUGUUGCCCAAGUUCACCGUGACGGCCAGGAACGAGGAUCGGGACCCUUCGCUGGCUCUGUGGGUGAAGCAGGUGGACGUGACCGUGUUUGGCUACAGCAUCGUCAUCCACAGGGCCUAUAAGCACACGGUGCUGGUCAAUCACGAGCGGCUGUACCUGCCCCUGAAGCUGGGCCACGGCAAGGUGAGCAUCUUCUCUUUCGGCUUCCACGUGGUCCUGGAGACGGACUUCGGCCUGAAGGUGGUCUACGACUGGAGGGCCUUCCUGUCCAUCACUUUGCCACGGAGCCUGCAGAACAGCACGCAGGGCCUGUGUGGUCGCUACAACGGUGACCCCGAUGAUGACCUGCAGCUGCCCCUGGGCCUACCGGCUGCCAGCGUCAGCGAGUUUGCACAGAGCUGGGUGAAGAGGGACACCUUCUGCCAGGUGGGCUGUGGUGACCGCUGCCCAACUUGCACCAAGGUGGAGACUUUCUCCAAGGCCCAGCAGCUCUGCGGCCUUAUCCCCAGCCCCCUGGCCGGCUUCACCAAGUGCCACAGUAAAGUCAACCCUGCCUUCUUCUACAAGAACUGCCUGCUGGAUGCCUGCAUCGACGGUGGCGCUGAGCACACGGCCUGCGGCUGGCUGCAGAACUAUGCCAGCACGUGCCAGACGCAGGGCAUCGCUGUCACUGGAUGGAGGAACUACACAUCCUGCACGGUCACCUGCCCUGCCAACAGCCACUACGAGAGUUGCGUGAGCGUGUGCCAGCCACGCUGUGCCGCCAUCCGCCUCAAGAGUGAAUGUGCCCACUAUUGUGUAGAAGGCUGCCAGUGCGACGCGGGCUACGUACUCAAUGGCAAGAGCUGCAUCCUGCCACACAGUUGUGGCUGCUAUGCCGAUGGCAAGUACUACGAGCCCAAGCAGCUCUUCUGGAACAGCGACUGCACCCGCCGCUGCCGCUGCUUCCGUCGCAACCUGAUCCAGUGCGACCCUCGACAGUGCAAGUCUGACGAGGAAUGUGCCCUGCGCAAUGGGCUGCGGGGCUGCUUUGCCACCCGGUCCUCCUACUGCCUGGCAGCGGGUGGCGGUGUGUUCCGCACCUUCGACGGUGCCUUCCUGCGCUUCCCAGCCAACUGUGCCUUUGUGCUGUCCACCAUUUGCCAGAAGCUGCCUGACAUCUCCUUUCAGCUCAUCAUCAACUUUGACAAGUGGUCCUCGCCCAACCUCACCGUCAUCUCGCCCAUCUACUUCUACAUCAAUGAGGAACAGAUUCUCAUCAGUGACCGAAACACCGUCAAGGUAAACGGUACCCAGGUGAACAUCCCAUUUGUGACGGGCUUGGCCACUCGGAUCUACAGCAGUGAGGGUUUCCUAGUGAUCGACACCAGCCCCGACAUCCAGAUCCACUAUAACGGCUACAACGUCAUCAAGAUCAGCAUCAGCGAGCGGCUGCAGAACAAGGUAUGCGGCCUGUGUGGCAACUUCAACGGGGAUCUCACUGAUGACUACGUGACCCUGCGGGGGAAACCAGUGGUGAGCAGCGUGGUGCUGGCCCAGAGCUGGAAGACCAAUGGCAUGCAAAAGAGGUGAGUCUCCCCAGUCUGCAACGAGCUACAGUUCUCGCAGUACGCGGCCACGUGUGACAAUGUGCAUGUCCAGCGCAUGCAGGGUGAUGGCUACUGCCUGAAGCUUACCGACAUGAAGGGCUUCUUCCAGCCCUGCUACGGCCUGCUUGACCCGCUGCCCUUUUAUGAGUCAUGCUACCUGGAUGGCUGCUACAACCACAAGAAGUUCCAGCUCUGCGGCUCUUUGGCCGCCUAUGGAGAGUCAUGCCGCUCCUUCGGCAUCCUCAGCACUGAGUGGAUUGAUAAGGAGAACUGCUCAGGAGUGGUCGAGGACCCCUGCGUGGGGGCGGACUGUCCCAACCGAACGUGUGGGCUGGAUGACGGCGGCGAGCUGUGUGGCUGCAUUGAGCCACCACCCUAUGCCAACAACUCCCACGACAUCAUAGAUGCAGAGGUGACAUGCAAGGCAGCACAGAUGGAAGUAUCCAUCUCUAAGUGCAAACUCUUCCAGCUGGGCUUUGAGCGUGAGGGCGUGCGGGUCAACGACAGGCAGUGCUCAGGCAUUGAGGGCGAGGACUUCAUCUCCUUCCAGAUCAACAACACCAAAGGCAACUGUGGCAACAUCGUGCAGUCCAAUGGCACCCACAUCAUGUACAAAAACACCAUCUGGAUCGAAAGUGCCAACAACACGGGCAACAUCAUCACCAGGGACCGGACAAUCAAUGUGGAGUUUUCAUGCGCUUAUGAGCUAGACAUCAAGAUUUCCCUGGACUCUGUUGUGAAGCCAAUGCUGAGUGUCAUCAACCUCACGGUGCCAACCCAGGAGGGCAGCUUCACCACCAAGAUGGCCCUGUACAAAAACGCCUCGUACAAGCACCCUUACCGCCAGGGUGAGGUGGUACUCACCACCCGGGAUGUGCUGUACGUGGGGGUGUUCGUGGUGGGGGCCGACUCCACGCAUCUCAUCCUCACGCUUAACAAGUGCUAUGCCACCCCAUCCCGAGACAGCAAUGACAAGCUCCGCUACUUCAUCAUCGAAGGCGGGUGUCAGAACAUCAAAGACAACACUAUCGGCAUCGAGGAGAACGGGGUGUCCCUGACCUGCCGCUUUCAUGUCACCGUCUUCAAGUUCAUCGGGGACUAUGACGAGGUGCACCUGCAUUGCGCCGUGUCACUGUGUGACUCGGAGAAGCACUCCUGUAAGAUCAAUUGCCCUCAGAACUCCAGGAUGGCCCCGGAUUAUGCCAAAGAACCUAAAGAACAGAUCAUUUCCGUGGGACCCAUUAGAAGAAAGAGGCUGGACUGGUGUGAGGACAACGGUGGCUGUGAACAGAUCUGCACGAGUCGGGUGGACGGGCCUCUGUGCAGCUGUGUGACCGGGGCACUGCAGGCCGAUGGCCGAAGCUGCAGAGCCUCUAACUCCUCCACUGAACUCCAAAUGUGGACAUUGCUCCUCCUCAUGACCCAGAUCUCAUUAUGGCAUUUUGUCUAUAAACCUGGCUCGACCUCCUAA